CGAUUUCUGGGCCCCGAAAUAGUUACAGAAUUUCACGCCAAGUCUCUUUUGCAUUUCGUAUCGGACUCUCUUAGAUAGAGGGAGCUCUCUCUCUCUCUCUCUCGCUAGCUCUCAGUUCUUCGGAGACUUCGUUUCCCGAAUUUUGAGUCAAUUACAAAGGGUGGAUGAUGCCAUUGACUUCAAUGUGAAACAAGGGAAUCAUUUCUUCAGUUAUGCACUAUAUUUGAGAAGCCUUGGAUAAUGAAUAUGCAGGUAUUGGUUUUUUCCAGUGAUACAUUCAACUAUUCAAUAGACAGGAGCAUGGAGGUUUAAGAAAACGGCGGUGAGUUCGUAAAGAUUUAGUUCUCCAUUAGGAGUUCGGUCAUGGCUGCUGAUCCGAGAGUUUUCAAGGCCUUCAGUGCAACGAGGGCCUUGGGAAUUCCUGAUGAAGAGGCAAAACCAGUGCUAAAGAAACUCUUAAAAGUCUAUGAUAAUAAUUGGGAACUAAUUGAAGAAGACAAUUUCCAGACACUUGUAGAUGCGUACUUUGAGCUAAAGGAAAAUAGCAAAGAUGCUAUGCAACAUAACUUCAGACAAACGGUAGCUGUGAAAAAGAAUGAAAUACCUCUCAAAGUUUCUGGACGGGGUACCGUGGAGCUAAUUCAGCCUUGUUUAAGAGACAGCAGAACUGUAGGUACUUCCCAACUGCCCAACACUCCUUUGAUUGGCAAAGGGAAGGACCCCAUUUCAUCUCUUGUGGUCACUGAAGAUAGAUCUAUUGCUGUUAACUCUUCUUCCAGUAUGGGUAUGGACGUCUGUGAUCCCUUGUGUAUUACAAGACCAAAGAAGAGAGCUUUUGGGACACAUAAUUCCAAAACAGGUUCAAAUCGUAAUGGCUCAGACCGUUAUGGGCAUAAAAAUUCGCAUAAUUUGGUUCAUGAUGAAAGGAGGCAUGAUAUAGCAAAAGGUGCAGAAAAAGUAAAAAUAUCAUUGGUAUCUGAAAAUAGCAAUGAAUGUCCUCCAAAAUUCAAUUACAUUCCACACAAUAUAAUUUAUGAGAAAGCUAAUGUAAAUAUUUCACUGGCUCGGAUUGCGGAUGAGGAUUGCUGUUUAGGUUGUUCAGGAGACUGUCUUUCAUCAUCAAUUCCAUGUGCAUGUGCUCGUGAAACUGGUGGAGAGUUUGCCUACACACCACAUGGUCUGCUGAAGGAAGAAUUUUUAAGUGCUUGUAUGUCUAUGAGGCUAGAACCUCAAGAGCGCCAUUUUGUUUAUUGUCAGGACUGUCCAUUAGAGAGGUCUAAGGAUGAGUACAUGCCUGAACGAUGCAAGGGCCAUUUGGUCAGAAAGUUUAUUAAAGAAUGCUGGAGAAAAUGUGGAUGUGACAUGUUGUGUGGAAAUCGAAUAGUACAGCGAGGUAUAACAUGCAAGUUGCAGGUGUUCUUGACUCCUGAAGGAAAAGGAUGGGGAGUUAGAACACUUGAGGAAUUGCCUAAGGGAACUUUUGUUUGUGAAUACAUCGGGGAAGUAUUGACCAACAUGGAGUUGUAUGAGCGGGUCCUACAAAGCAGUGGCAAUGAGAGACAUACAUAUCCUGUAACACUUGAUGCAGAUUGGGGCUCAGAAGGAGUUUUAAGGGAUGAGGAGGCACUUUGUCUGGAUGCGACAUGUCAUGGUAAUGUCGCAAGGUUCAUCAACCAUAGAUGUUUUGAUGCGAACUUGGUCGAUAUUCCAGUUGAAGUGGAGACUCCUGAUCGCCACUAUUAUCAUCUUGCCUUUUUUACUACCAGGAAAGUAAGCGCUUUUGAAGAGUUGUCAUGGGAUUAUGGGAUCGACUUUAAUGAUCAGAAUCAUCCAAUUAAGGCAUUUCGCUGCUGUUGUGGAAGUGCAUUCUGCCGAGAGAUGAAACAUAAAAGGAGCUAGAUGGCUAUAGCACCUAGAUGACCAAUGACGUGUGGAUUAAUGAGAAUUGCUAUUCUGGUUGAAAUCAUCUACCUAACUUUUGCUGCAACUCUGUACCAAUUGAUACAGAAGCACACAUUCUUUUGUGGAAAAAGAUUAUACUAAAGGAAAAAACUUGAGAUGAAUGGAGAUAUUUUGAGAAAUUGAACGAGGAUGUAUUUCAGUAUAUCAUACACGGGGUUUUUGAAUUGAGCCGUCCCUGUCAGUUUUAGAGGGCAAGGAGGCAGUUGGGGAGUAUUUUGUAAGUAUUAUUUUCCAACACGUUUGAGUGUUCCUCUUUGUUCCCCAUCAUUCAUGGCUGCUAAUUGAAAAAAGUGACU